CUUAUAUUGACGACCUUCAGUAACUACUGCGCCUAGAUCCGGCAGUACGGUAGUAGCACCGAAUACUAAUCUACUAUAUUAGCUAUCGAGUCUUUUGAAUACUCUAUCCUAGAAACGUCAAGGCUAUUACUCUAGUAACAUACUUCCCUGCAUGCUUGAUAACUUCACAACUAUACCCGGUGGCAGAACUGACGCAUACUAGUCUAACCGCGAGGAAAUGGGCUUCUUCACCUUCGCUGGCAUGGAGUAUGUAUGCCGUGACGCCAAUUAAGCAAAGCAUCGGUAGCUACAAAAGCCACACCUUUAGGCGAGCAGAAGUCAAAGGUCAACGAACGCUGAAAGCUAAUAAUGAUAAUCGCCCCGUUUCCCACAUAAACCUCGUCUCUACUCAGUACCCUGCCAUCGCCACCCAGCCGGAUCAAAGCAAGCCUCAAAGUCCACACCCCCAAAUAAUCCCACAGCCCCAUACAGGUCAAAGUCUCCCUCCAACCCUUCCACGCUUCCGGCCUCCUCGUCCACCUCCUCAUGCAGGUCCCACCCACCCGCUGGUUGUCCAUCACGAGUGAAAAACACCUCGACCUUGCACGUCCGCUUGGCACCAAACAUUGCAUCUGCCAUGGCGAGCGGAUCCUCGGGCAGCGCAAACUUCAUCCCAAUUCCCAGAGUUUCGCCAAUCUUGAAUGGCGCGGUAAAGUCCCGCCCACCCCACGAGUCAUUCACAAAGCGACAGCCGUCGUCUGAAAAUACCCCGAGACUACCGCGCUCCCAACCUGGCGAGCGCCAUGACGGGUAUGGUUGUGCGGCAAAGCCCAGGGACAAUCCACUCGCGUCGCCCUCGGGACCUGCACGGAGGGUGAGCAGCUUGACCUCGAAAUAGAUUGACUUGCGCUUCUCCGUGAUAAAGGGGGAAUCCUGGGCGGCAAAGUACAGAGGGAGAUGGGUCAGUACGCAGCAGUCUCCGUUUCGGUCGACGGUGCGGCCGAACCAGCGACCCGGUGCAGUAGGAGUGAGUUCACCGAUAAACUCGCGUUGCCGAACGGGGCGCAGGUCGUGGGUGGCCACGGACGAGUAUACCGCGGUAGAGGGUACUACGGGCUGCCAGAGAGCGGUCGAGUCACAAAAGUCAUGGGCGCGCUGGGCAUCGUCGGCAGAGGCGUUGCCCGUGCCGGAGCUGUAGUUGCCUGAAAUGGGUGGUGGUGGGAAGACUGACGUAUCUGGCACUGCUUCUUGCCAGUUGUGAUAAGGUGGAGGAUCACCCGGUGGGAACUGUGACUGCUGCCCCGGGUUUUGCUGGGUGCUAGUAUGAUAUUGCUGUUUGUCGAAGCCAUGGGAGUUGCCUUGGGUUCCUACUACUGCUGCUGAUGAUGCAGCUUGCUGAGAAUCAUCAUAGCUGGGCGGCGCGCCGGAGAGGUCAUUUCCUGAAUUGUGUGCCAUGUUGAAUAUCAGCUCUGAAGAGAGUUCUCAGCUUGGCUGCUCGCCUUAACUCUGAGUCGGAUGAUGCUGAUGGGAAAUUCAGCUGGGCGGCUGGAGAGAAUAAAGUUGUCAUCUCAUCUCGUCCCACGGGCUGCCAAGUGGGGGGGGCUGUGCGGGUGAGAACCGUGGGAACUGACCGGGUGGUUCUUGAAUUCCACCCAAACAAGACUAACAGGACCAACUGCUGUAGACAAGCCGGUUCGGAAGGUUUCGUGUUUGGGCCGUUGUCUUGUGGACGCUGUGGUGGGAUAAUUCAAGGUGGUUGUGCGGUGCAUUUACAAUUCAGCCACUUGGCUGACUGGCGCCCUCUGGAGCGAAGAGGCGGGCCACCGAGGCUGCAGGGUUGCUGACCUCCGAUGAUGAUUAUAUGAUUAUAUCUGAUUGAUCUUCUUCAGAUCCAGCUGAGAAAAAACAACAGUCAAGAAUGGCAGAGGGAUCUUCGAAUUGGAGCAGUCACAAAGAGUCAAAAGACAGACCACCAACAGGGACCGACUGAGGAUAGUUCGAGCUGCAGGUCUCAGGUUGGGCCGAGUCACUGGCCAGUCGAGCCAUUUCGAAACCACUUUUGCUGUGGCAAGUUUGAAAGUUUCUCCCUUUCUGACGGUUGUACAAAUCGUCCACCUUUUUCUUCUUCUGUGCGAGCCCCGGGGCUUCUGUCGUUAGGCUCCGCUGGAGUUCUCUCGACUGGCCUUUUACUUUUUCUCUCUCUCUCUCUUUCAUCAACUUCAUCUACCACCACCACCAUCAUCCUCGAUCAUCCUCGCUCCGAUCGGUCGUGGACCUUCCGUCAAUGCUUGCUGACCAUUUGGCGAUCGUCGAUUGUUGGACCGGUGUGUUCUGCUCGUCGGAUGCAAGAUGACGGAUGACCAGAUUGCGCCCCGCGGGCGACGGCGAUCCUCCAUCUCGGAGCGCAUCCAGCGUGUUUUCCACGUCGAUCGCUCGGACAAGGUACGACACAGCGUCACCUGGACUAGACUCGAGCUCACAGAUUCUCCAGAAACGGCAAAGCUUCUAUCCAGCAAAUGAUUCCAAUGGGAUUCGGGCCGGCCAGUCGGCCCCUUCUACAGCCCAGGCGCAGGUUGGAGAAGGCGCGCGCAUCAACGAGACCGAGGCAGCUCUCGGUCACCGCACUCCGACGGGCUACUCGUUGCAAGAUGAAACACUCCCCAGCACACUGACGUACUCUUCACAAGACUCUCGUGUGCCAGCUACAUGGACACCCGGCUCAAGUCCCUCGGUUCGGCCAGCGCAUUUCAAGAACGAACAACCAACGCCUCGGUACAUGGCAACGCCUGACAUGAAAACUUCCAAAGACAAGGACGGGAUUUGCGCGUCUCCGGCAUGGAAGGAAACUACUCGUAAAGAUAGGCGGGCAACCAAGCGACUGGAAGCAGAGAGAAAAGAGCUCGAGAAACGCCUCAUAAAACUGGAAGAGUCGCAGGCUAAACUAGAGCACGGCAUUCACGACAGACAAUCCCGACGUCUGACCAAGAAACAACCGCUGGACAGCGGGAAAAGAUCCUCCAGUGCAAACUCCGAAAGACCACGAUCGUCGAGGUCUCUGACAGCCUUCUUUUCAGGAUCACGCCGGUCCUCCCGAUCGCGAGCCAGCUCUGCAAAUGGAGACGACCGACGUCGGUCUUCUGAUAAUGAGAAUCCGGAAGGAGGACCGCCAAAUCUGCCUCUCUCAUUAACCGAGCGCUUUGGGACUGCGGUAUCACGAGAACUGGCAUCCAGGCAUGGUACUUCGCUAAUGCCCAAUCAUCAGCUCCAACGCUCCACCCACCUGCUCCAUCACACUGCCGCCAAGUCGGAUGAUUUGCGGGAGAACUGGAAGAUGGCAGAGGCCUGGCAAAAGCGGGACAGCGAGCGUGAAGCCGGUGAUUAUCUGAAUGGAUUUAAGAUGGAGAUGGGAUUGAAUGCCGGUGCCGGUGCUGGUGCUCAAUCGGUAUCCGAGUCCUUCCAGAAGAGAGAUGACCCGCUCUUGUAUCCUUCACACACCAAUGCCCCUAAUGACCUCGAUCGUGAGCUGUUUACUGCCAGUCUCAGACAGGAAAGAAAGCCCUCGGGGACACCGAAACCUGCAACUCCAUCAACUUUACGACCGGGAGGCCUCUCGGUUUCCCCAGGUCAGAACUAUACCCAGGCUGCCGAAUCUCCAACCGCUCGAGUGGCCACGGCUCGUCAGCUCCAUAACAUUGCGCAUGGGGAGGACAAACGCUCAUCGCCUAUUAAAUCGCCUUCUACUAGUCCCCUUCCCAAGGAAAUGAGGAACGGCGCGGAUCACAACUCCCACGCGCAUCAAAAGGAGUACAAAUCAUCUCCUCUGGCGCUAAAAUCAGUUACAACGGAUGAAAACGACCUGCAGAAGGAGAACGAGAAAUUAUACAAGGCUUCAGCGGCAGAGCAAAAUAGUCGUGGACUCGUACCUCAACCUCUACGGAUCAAUUUUGAAUUCUCUCGCGGACGGAAUCGACAGUCUUCAUUUCCUUCAUCCUCGGACAUGACUCAAACCCGGGCUAAGCAGAAUGCUCGUCAGGACCAUCGGGCAACACUCAUGGGCCCGGUAGAGACCCCGGCGGGAAAUAUCAAACAUGACCAGCGCAAAUGGAACCCCAAGGCUAUCGCUUUUGAUAAACCGCAGCUCACGGCAUUGGAACUCAGAACCCCUCCAUCCAUGAUUCCUCCAUGGAAGCACCCAGGCCGGAAAUACGCUCUACCUGAGAACUCGCCAUAUGGCCGGCUAAGCCAUGAAGGUCAACCAAUUCCAACCAUCAUCACCACGGAAGCUGUACCAGUGACACGCUCGCAGGAAUCCGUUCCUCAAACCCGUCAUUGCCUAGCCGAGAUGCCCGCCAGUCAGUCCACCCCCAACGUCCUGGCCGGCCGUGCUCACAGCCGCUCAUCAUCCGGUGCGUCCAGCUACGACACCGCCGAUGAAGAAGUCCUCGAUACACCGAACCACCCUGCACAUCGGAAAAACCAUCCUCCAGCCCUAGAAAUACAAGAGACCAUCAACUCCAGCGCUUCUACAACUACCAUCACUCUGCCAAACAGCCCCAUGACGAACGAAAUCCAAACCACCAACCCCAAUCCCAACUCCAGUCCCAAUGUUCAAAUCAACCCACCCCUCGCCCCAGACGGCGUGGUAUCAAUAAUCCGGCACAACCCACUUCAAAACCCAAAGACUCUCAAAAAAGACCAAAUCCUCGCCAAGUUAUUCGUCAUCUGUUGUCACUGCCAAUACUGGCACGACCUUCCAUCCGAAAUCUACGCCAAAUUAGCCUGUCCUGAGCAUAUCCCAUCCGAAUCUCGUCUCACACGGAACUUCUCACGCCGAAAUUCCAUCGGGCGUCGGACUUCGUUUAAAAAGUCUGUUUUUGGAGGUCGGUCUCCCGAUACGGGUGCGCGGCGGUUAACGAUGGGGAAUCAGGGGACCCAUUCUUCGAAUGAGAUGCAACUUGUCAGCGGUGCUGCUGGUGCUGCUGAUCAGAUUGGGAUUGAUAGUGCCGCCGCUCAGUCGGUAUCAUUGGCUUGCUGCUGGUGUGGACAUGGGAUGAAUCGAUCUUGUUGUCAGGGCUGGACGACUCUUGUGCAGAUGCGUGAGAGACAUCAUUAAGAGAAGGGAGUGUUACGUGAAGGCGGUUGUCUGUGACGAAUAUUAUGACCUUAACGACAUGGCUCCGGCUAAUGGUUGAUGAUAAAAUGCACACGUUAAUGUGACUGGAGUGCAUUUGAAAUCUGAUUUUAGAUAUGAUGGAUUGUAUCAUAGGACUGUCAACUAGAGCCUGGUUUUUCCAUUCAUGACUUGGUCGACUAAGUCUAUAUAAACUUCCACCACAUUGAUACUUGACGAUCGACCGUAACAUUCGAAGUAUACGGUCUUCCUAGGUCAGUAUAU